UCCCGGAGGAGGAAACGACACUGAACUGGAAAGGGAGACUGGAGGUAGAUAUAUAUAUAUAUAGAGAGAGAGAGAGGGAAGCCAAGCCCAAACACAGCAAUGGAGAUUACGGCAAGCCACUUCUUCCAUGCAUUCACCGUCCCCAAGUUGCGCGCACAGCUCCACCGCUCCCCUGUAGCUCCGUCGAGCUCCAGCCUCCGGGCCGGUUCUAAUGGCCGCCGCUCCUCUUCUUGCUGUCAACUACCAACGACCUCUUGCUCGAAACCUCUUACGGUGAAGUGUACGCUGUCCGAUGAGACCACUCUCAGUUCACCACCAAAGGUUGCAGCAAAAGAUCCUACCCUAGCAUUGAAGACGAAAGCCAUGGAUGUUGCGCCUGACUUGAGGGGAACUUCCAUAUUUCUACUGGGGAUGAAGAGUUCCAUUAAAACCCAAUUGGCAAAGCUUUUGGCAGAAUUGCUUCGGUACUAUUACUUUGACAGUGAUGGUUUGGUUGAGGAAGCUGCUGGUGGCGAAGCUUCUGCAAAGCUAUUUCAGGAGACUGAUGAGCAAGGAUUUCGAGAAUCUGAGACUGAAGUGUUAAAGCAGCUGUCCUCUAUGGGUCGACUUGUUGUUUGCGCUGGGGAUGGCGCAGUUCAGAGUUCUACUAAUCUGGGAUUGCUUAGACAUGGGAUCACUAUAUGGAUAGAUGUACCUCUUGACAUUAUUGCUGGUGAAGCAACAAAAUCUGAUGCUGAGUCCGGAAAAUCACAUGCUGAGAUGAAUCAGAAACUGGAAUUGACUCAACUGGCUGCCAUGUAUGAGAAACUGAGGGGCGGGUACGCUACAGCUGAUGUGACCAUCUCCCUCCAGAGAAUAGUGUCCCUCGCUGGUUACGAUGAUUUUGAUGCAGUUACUGCAGAAGACAUGGCAAUGGAGGUUCUCAAGGAGAUCGAGAAAUUAACCAGAGUAAAGAAGAUGAUGGAGAAAGCUGGAAGACCUUUCUAGCUGAUAAACUUGGUUCGGUCCUUUCUUUCCCUUUCCCAUGCCACAGUUACCCGAGGGAUAUUCUGCACCAUAUAGGCUAUUCAUGUACUUAAUAAGCUACUAAUAACGAAUUUUGCUCGAGGCUCUUAAAUUUGUAUCAGUGGAAUGGCAACUGUUACACAACCAUAAUAUUUUUCUUCUCA